UUCCCUUUAAUUUGCCCAAUUUCCCAACGGCGUUACGUUAGGAACCCCACACGAAUAUAACCUCCCUUGGUUUAUAUCUUAUCGUUGAGACCCCCAUAAAGAGCCCAGAAAGCCACUACUCUCCCUUCUUAUUCCUCUCUCUCUCUCUCUCUCUCUCUCUCUCUCUCUUCCCCAUUCCAAAAAACUUUGAGACAAAACCAAGAAUCUUAACUCAAAACCUCCCACAAAACCACCAUGAGUUACUACAACCAGCAGCAACCCCCCGUUGGUGUCCCUCCUCCCCAAGGUUAUCCGGCGCCGGACGCGUACCCAAAGGACGCAUAUCCUCCACCAGGGUACGCACCACAAGGGUACCCACCACAAGGGUACCCCCCACAAGGAUACCCUCAACAGGGCUACCCUCCCCAAUACGCCCCUCAGUACGCAGCGCCGCCCCGUCAACAACAGCAAUCUAGCAGCACUGGUCUCAUGGAAGGCUGUUUGGCUGCUCUGUGCUGUUGCUGCCUCUUGGAUGUAUGCUUCUGAUGAGAGGGCUCUGCAGAGGAAUUUGUCUGACCAAGCAGCAUAUAAUAUUUGAAUCCCUAGGGUUUCUUUAUAUGUGGAUUGUUGGUUGCUAGUUUAUAUUCUGCAUUUUGUCUUGUGUAUUGUCAAUAAUAUUGAUAUCGACUUGGAAAUGUUCCAUCUUUUGCUUCUGGACUUAUGCUUUCAAUUAAAUUUAUGUUUCCCUUCGAAUUUUAUGUAAGUAAGUUGUGGCGGAUUCUUAUUUUCUGUGUGGACAUACUUUGUACAACUAUAAGCGCAUAUAGUGUCUGAAUGGUUGUGGAAUUCUCAAUGAUUCCCUGGGUUUGGUUAGCACUUAUGUCCAUGAAAGAGUGGAGAGUGCUUUCUUUUUUGUGACCCUGUCAUGCAUUGAAGUGAGACUUGGAUUCAAGUGGGUCUUAUUGUAAAUACAGCAAUGUUGCAUGGAUGUAAAAUGUUGACUUAAUUUGUUGGGUAAGUACAGUGGUGAUUCGGCAAGAACAGAAGCAGAAAAAAAUUUGUUCUAUAGAGGGAAUGUGUGAAGAAGCUUGAAUCAUGGAAUAUAUAAUAGUGGAUGAUUCUUUUUGUUGGACUGCUGCAUUAAUGGACUGUACUAUUGGCUUAAAGCAAUG